UUCCUGUGUAUCUGUCGCCUUUGCGCGGGAGAGGCGUGUGCGCGAGAGAUUUCUCUGUGUGCGCGCGUCGCACGGUGUUGUUUCCCCCUUUUCUGGGUUUGUCAUUCGUUUUCCCUUUGGGGAAAUCUUCCCCUGGUUCAUCAUCUAGUUAAUGAGGUGGUGCCACUUAACGCCCCCCCCCCCCUUUCCUCUCAGGCCCCUUCUACACAGAUGAAUAAAAUCCCACAUUACAGUAUGUGCUUUGAACUGGGAUAUAUGGCAGGGGGGACUCAAAUAGCCCGGUUCAAAGCAGAUAUUGUGGGUUAUUCUGCCUUGAUAUUCUGGGUUAAAUGGCUGUGUGGAAGGGCCCUCAGAAGUUGGGUUUGUUUUUUUGCGCGCCUCUUUUGGGGAUUUGGGGAAGGAAGGAGGGCGCCAACUGUGAAUGAAGGUGUUGCAAAUUGAUUCCGUGUUGUUUUGAGUGCCUUCUUCCUCCUGCCCUUGAGGAGUGGGAUUAAAGGCCAUAGAAUCCAAGGGCCCUUCGACACAACCCUAUAUCUCAGAAUAUCAAGGCAGAAAAUCCCACAUCUGCUUUGAACUGGGAUUAAUGGCAGUAUGGACUCAGAUAACCCAGUUCAAAGCAGAUAUUGUGGGAUUUUCUGCCUUGAUAUUCUGGGUUAUAUGGCUGUGUGUAAGAUCCCCUAGUGUUGGAAAAUACCACUCUGUUGACUCUCCUAUUUACUCCUGAUAAUAAUAAUUUUAUAUUUGUACCCCACCUCCAUCUCCCAAAAGGGACUCGGGUGGCUUACAUGUGACGCAAACUGUCUAAAACAAUGUAUAAAAUAAACACACAGUACAAUACCAAAAGUAAAACCAGUAGUAUAUAAAACACCAAUUUAAACUCAGAACAGUGCCCAAUAAACUAUGGUGACAACUGCUGUAAAACAUGGCCAAACUGUAGACAAGAACAAGGGAAUGGGAUAUAGUGCAAGUUGUAGCUAAGGAAAAAGGGCAUGGGAUGAAAGUGCAGUGUUGUGUCAUUAAUUGUGGCUCAUUGGGGCUAGGCAUUCUCAAAGGCUUGUUUAAACAUCCAAGUCUUUAAAUCCUUCCAGAAGGACAGUGUGGGGGCUUGCCUAAUCUUCCUGAGGAGGGUGUUUCAAAGAUUGGAGUGUUUUAGGGGUCCUUGCCUUCAACUUAAAAAGUCCCUAGGUUGCAGAGUGGGUUAUGCGCCUGAAAUGGGCCCACCUCCACCUCCCUCUUGUUCCCAUCAUGGUCUCGGAACAGAUCCCAAGGGCCACAGUUUGACCCCAGCAGAUAACCACCCAGUCUCUGCUUAAAAGCUUCCAGACUGAUAUCAGAAAGCUGGGUUUUGUCAAAGUAACAUACCUUUAGAAAAUAAGGCAUUUUUAAACAAUCAAUUUUUUUGCACAUUGUACUUGUAUAAGACACGGGAGAUUGGGUCAAUUGCAUCCUGAAUUUGGAGAUUAAAACAUCAUUUAAAGUUAAUCUUUGUCCUUAGCUCCUUGGCGCUUUUGGGGAUUACUAGGUACAUGGGAAAAGUUUUGACUGUUUAGGUCUCAUUUGGUUGACUGCUUUUUACAUUCAGGCGUAUUGGUCAGAUAAGACGAACAGGGUAGAUAGUUGGCUUUGCAACAUUGAAACAUGUCUUUUCAGAUGUUUGAGACAAAAACUUUCUUGUAAAAAGAAAUUCUUGGAUGUCAGUUUUGCAUAACCUAAGAACUUUGCUCGUAUUUAGAUUUGUUUUCAAGAGGUUUUGAAAAGAUAUGUACCUUGACACUGCACAAGCAAACAUUUCUGUCAACUUAGUAUUCAUCCUGCCCUAACAAAGAUCUGUUAUUCUGUGCAACUAUAGUGUUUUAUACAAAGAAACAAGGUUGUGAAUUAACAAACUAAAUACUGUAGAGCAUUCUGUAGGCAAGUGGACAGGAGUGUCUCUUCAGACAAAGUUGUUGGCUUUCCCUUUGUUUAUUGCAAUGUUUAUUUCUACUUGAUAAAUAAUGUCAUAUUUACAAAUGGCACUGAGUAUGCCAUGUGGUUGCUGUCAUAUUGAAGUGCCCAUCUAUCACAUUAUGCUCCAGGUUUUGUUUAAGUAUGUAUCAUAGAUUGGAGAAUGUUUAAUCUUCAAAUGCCUCCUGUGUUUGUGAAAAACCUAAUUGAGUGUAAGAUUAUUUGCUUUGCAAAAGAGUGUUCUAUUUUUUUCCUCACAGAACCAACACAAAUAUAUAGAUUUCUACGUACCCGUAAUCUUAUUGCUCCAAUAUUCUUGCACAGAACUCUCACUUACAUGUCUCACAGAAACUCCCGAACAAAUAUCAAAAGGAAAACUUUCAGAGUAGACGGGAUGCUGACGAAAGUAGAGAAAACAAAGGGAGAACACGACUUGCAAAGUUUGUCUGCUCAUCUGCAACUCACAUUCACUGGUUUCUUCCAUAAAAAUGAUAAGCCAUUACAAAACUCAGAAAAUGAACAAAGUUCUGUAAACCUGGAAGUACUGCUUGUAAAAGUCUGCCACAAGAAGCGAAAGGAUGUUAGCUGUCCCAUAAGGCAAGUACCUACUGGUAAAAAGCAAGUACCUUUGAAUCCAGACCUCAACCAAAUAAAGCCAGGCAACUUUCCAUCACUUGCAGUUUCCAGCAAUGAGUUUGAACCCAGUAACAGCCACAUGGUGAAGUCCUAUUCAUUAUUAUUCAGAGUAACUCGUCCAGGAAGAAGAGAAUUUAAUGGAAUGAUAAAUGGUGAAACUAAUGAAAACAUUGAUGUUAAUGAGGAGCUUCCAGCUAGAAGAAAACGCAAUUCUUCCAACCGUGAAGAUGGAGAAAAGAUUUUUGUAGCACAGAUGACUGUAUUUGAUAAAAAUAGGCGACUACAGCUUCUUGAUGGGGAAUAUGAAGUAGCUAUGCAAGAGAUGGAAGAGUGUCCGGUUAGCAAAAAAAGAGCAACAUGGGAGACGAUACUUGAUGGGAAGAGGCUGCCUCCAUUUGAAACAUUUUCUCAGGGACCCACACUGCAGUUUACUCUUCGGUGGACGGGAGAGACAAAUGAAAAGCCUGCAGCCCCUACUGCUAGGCCUCUUUCAACACGCAAUUCAGAAAGCCUCCCUCAAGAAAACAAGCCUAGUUCUGUCAAACCUACACAGACUAUAGCUGUAAAAGAAACUUUGCCAUCAGACCUACAAACAAGAAAAGAGAGAGAUGUUUCAAAUGAGCCUCGACAAAAGCUGAGAAUAUUUUAUCAGUUUUUGUAUAACAAUAACACAAGGCAGCAGACUGAAGCUAGAGAUGACUUGCAUUGCCCUUGGUGCACACUGAAUUGCCGCAAGCUUUACAGCUUACUCAAACACCUCAAGCUUUGCCACAGCCGCUUCAUUUUCAAUUAUGUGUAUCAUCCAAAAGGUGCUAGGAUAGAUGUUUCGAUCAAUGAGUGUUACGAUGGCUCCUAUGCAGGAAAUCCUCAGGAUAUUCAUCGUCAGCCUGGGUUUGCCUUCAGUCGUAAUGGACCAGUCAAAAGAACUCCAAUUACUCACAUCCUGGUAUGCAGACCAAAGCGUACAAAAGCGAGCAUGUCUGAAUUUCUUGAAUCUGAAGAUGGAGAAGUAGAACAGCAACGAACAUAUAGCAGUGGUCAUAAUCGGUUGUAUUUUCACAGUGAUACUUGUCUACCUCUCCGUCCUCAAGAAAUGGAAGUUGAUAGUGAGGAUGAAAAGGACCCCGAGUGGCUAAGGGAAAAAACUAUAACGCAAAUUGAAGAGUUUUCUGAUGUUAAUGAAGGAGAAAAAGAAGUGAUGAAAUUAUGGAAUCUACAUGUUAUGAAGCACGGGUUUAUUGCUGACAAUCAAAUGAAUCAUGCCUGUAUGCUGUUUGUAGAAAAUUAUGGACACAAAAUAAUUAAGAAAAACUUGUGUCGAAACUUCAUGCUCCAUCUAGUCAGCAUGCAUGACUUUAAUCUUAUAAGUAUAAUGUCAAUUGACAAGGCUGUUACCAAGCUCCGAGAAAUGCAGCAGAAGUUAGAAAAGGGAGAGUCUCCUGCUACAACAGUGACCGAGGAGCUUUCUGAGGAACAAACUGGCACAGCAAAUGGCUGCAACGAGGCUAACACUAGGGAACGAUCUUCAGAAAUGGAUAGUAUCUCAUGCUUGACAAAACAGAACAGAAAACAGAAGAUCUGAAAAGAAGAGCAGACGUUAUUGAUACAGGAGUGACAGUCAAAGAAGUAUGGACUCUAAAAGGAAUUGAAUCAGAUACACAGGUUCUUUAAGGGCACUGCUGGAAACAUGAUUUCAACAAGCAUAGUGUUAAUAUGGUUCCUAUUGAGUUAAUUAUGCAAGUACUACAUGUAUAUCAGUUCUAGUGAUGUAAUGACAAUACUCAAAGUUUGAGCAUGAAGAGCAAUACAAUUUUUGGGACUUUUAAUUAUGAAUUGUACUGAAUUUACAUAACUUGAGUAUAUGUAAACCAGUUUUUAUAUAAAGAUUUUUGCAUCUGUACUGGCUGUCUUUCCUACUGUGGAGUUCAAAAUUAGGGAAGGAUAUGGGGACAGUUAAUGCUUUGUAUUUAGAAAUUCCUUAGGUUAACUUUUUGUGGAAAAUAAUGAACCAUUUAAAGUUUAACUUGAUCUCUCUUUUUUUUUAAUUUGUACUGAUAACAGAAAAAAUAACAAUUGAAAUUUUUAAACACAUUUUAAUUAUUCAGCUGUAUGCCUGUUGAGAGGGGGAGAGAUUGCUUGCUUUCCUCAUAGGGAAGUUCCAUCUUCAUUGUUACAGUCACCUAACAGAAUUUGUAGAUAACUCCGAUCAUCUGGUGUAGUAGUAGAUCAUACCUUGAACCUCCAUAAGCAGAACUGUCUAGGGUUGUAUGAUGGUAAAUUGUAUUAAUAUCUGCAGGCUCUGAUAGUGCCUAGAUCUGUGCCUGUUCCUGGCUAUGUACAGAUUGCAAAACAAAGUCACAAAUGCUACUUUUGAGGGGAAAACACACUGUAAAACUGGGCCCGAAAAUGUGUUGCACUUCUUAACGCAAGUAUUCUGUGAUGUAUUGCAUUCAAUACAGAUGCUAACGAGUUCCUGUGCAGUCUUGCACUGCUGUUAACACAUUUAAGCAUAUGUUUACAGAUUUUCUUUUUUCCCAUGGAAAGUAGUUUCACUACUGGUACAAUAUCAGCACCAAGGGUUUAUUUCAGCAAGCACUGUGGUUGAGUUACAUCACCUCAUUUUUUAAUUCUUAAAUAGUUCAUUUUUCAUAUUCUUUAUUUAUAAAGGAUCAAUUAUGUAAAUACUGGUAUUUCUAAUUUUUUUAAAUUUCAUUCCAGCACCAUAAGAAGGCAGUUCCCUUUUGGGGGGUGGGGUAUAGAAUGGGGAAAAGCUUUCUAAUGGUGAUUCUCAGAAAUUUAUAAAACUGUAAAUACGACUUUGGUCCCUAAAGAUGUGUUUAACUGUGAGACUAUUUAACUAAUGGUGUGGAUGUGAUUUGUCAUCCAGUAUUAAGUUCUUAGUCACGGAUUUGUAUCAAUAGAAAAGAGGGAAACUACAGCUUUCAUUAGACUGCCUAAUUUACCUGCUCUGGGUUAUAGCCAACUGUGGAUAAAUCUCUGAAUAGCUGGUCAAGCAUUUCUUGUGGGCUUUAAUUUGCUAAAGCUGUGCACAUAUGUAAAGAAGAUAUUUUAGGAGAGACAUAGUCUAGAACUAUUGCUUAUGUCACUUCUUAAGCAGUCACGCUCUUAAUGCUUAAAAAGAGGCUAGCAUUGUUUGCACAAAAAGUUGGUGACCCCACCCCAAAAAAUAGUAAUGAAAUUACUUCUGUCAAGUAAACUUUGUAUGUCAUGUCCAUUUAUAAUAAGAGCAGAGAAUCCCCUUUGUUUCUAUUUAUAAUAAAGAUGGAUUUUCUAUAUGUACCCUUAACAAGGCUUUGAAGAAAUCAUGUAAACUGGGUGAACAUUUGAAUGGUACAGUAGAUAUAAAAAAGACAAUUGUUUAAUGGACCUUUUUGUUUUUACAUUAAAUGUUUAUUUGAAAUUGGAUUUUGUACAUAAAGUUCAGUAAUAUAAAACCUG